GCCAGGCGCAAGACAACAAUCAACCGACUUUAUUCGACCGAGACUCUGCUUAUUAUUGUUAAGAGAGGCUGUCUCUUGGCCUCCAUCCUCCCUUGCUUGCACCAAAUCAGACCUCUCUGUCUUGUCUGUCUCUCCCGGGUCUUCGGUUCUUCUUGUGUGCUGCCCCCUUAAUUUAUUCUCGUCGCAGCCGGCCACGUUUUGGUGGCGUUGUCUAUAUCUGGAAGUUGGGCAUUCAACUGUGGGACUGCCUCAUUGCGACCUCGACUCCCGACCUCGACUUUGUCUUACGCAUGUGACAACGAUCCACCCUUUGGCCGAUCAGCCUCCCAGCCCUGCCGACAUGACAAGCACCCUCUCCCACUCCCUACAGCCGCCAAAAUGUCGUCAAUGUUCUCCUCGGCGCUGAAGUCCAUCCAGCAGACAAACAUCAAUGCCAACUAUUCCAUAACCCCAAGCGCAACGUCGCAGGCCGGCCCCUGGAGGAUACACGAUGCGAAGAGGAAGUCCACGGGCAAGACCUACUCCGUCUUCAUCUUUGACAAGAAGUCGCUCGACUCCCAUGGGAACUCCCUGGGUCGCUCCGGCGCCGCCGCCUUCAAGAGGGUCUCCGAGGAGGUCAUCGAGAGGUUGAAGAAGGAGGCCUCCUCACUCGCCAAGUUGCGCCAUCCCAGCGUGCUCGAGCUUGUCGAGCCCGUCGAGGAGACAAGAGGCGGCGGCUUGCAGUUCGUCACCGAGCCCGUCACUGCCUCACUCGCCAGCCUGCUGCAGGACAAGGAUGAUCAGGAACGCGCCGGUCCCGGGGGCCGCUCCAGCCGCUAUGUCACCGAGGAGGCCGACGGCACCAGGAGGCGGCGCGAGCUCGAGAUCGACGAGUUGGAAAUCCAGAAGGGCUUGCUGCAGAUCAGCAAGGCCCUCGAGUUCCUUCACGAGAAUGCUGGCCUUGUCCAUGGCAACAUCACCCCGGAUGCGAUCCUCAUCAAUGCCAAGUCCGACUGGAAGAUUAGCGGUCUAUCCUUCUGCAGCCCUGCCGAGCAUUCGACCAAGCCAACCUCGUUUCAACCUCUGAGCCUCUACGAAACCCUCAACCCAGACCCACGACUGCCGCGGUCAGUCCAGCUCGACCUGGACUACACCUCCCCAGACUUCGUCCUUGACAACAAUCUCAAUGUAUCCGCCGACAUGUUCUCAUUGGGCCUUCUCUGCGUUGCCCUCUACAAUUCACCACACAAGUCUCCGCUGGAGUGCAACUCCAGCUUAUCGACAUACAAAAGGCUGUUCCAGUCCAGCUCGACCAUACCCACCGUGAAUAACAACUUUAUGUCCUCUAGGCCGUUGCCCAAGGACCUGGUCGCACAUGUCCUGCCUCGGCUCAUCACUAGGCGGCCAGCUCAACGUCUCACUGCCAAAGAGUUCCAAGAGACGGAAUUUUUCGACAACAUACUCGUGUCGACCAUCCGAUUCAUCGAAUCUUUCCCGGCGAAAACACCCCAGGAGAAGCAGUCCUUCCUGAAGGGCUUGAAUAAGGUCCUGCCCUCGUUUCCAAAAUCGGUGAUGGAAAAGAAGCUGCUUCCAGCGCUGCUGGAAGAGACAAAGGACAAGGCACUGCUAUCCCUCAUACUCGGGAAUGUUUUCAAGAUCAUCGACCUUCUCCCUUCGGGUCGGCGGGCCUUCACCGAUAAGGUUCGGCCUGUCCUAAAAGAAAUAUUUGUCACAAACAAUAAGAACACCGAGGAGAAGGACGCGGCAAGAGAUGCGGGGCUUAUGGUUGUCCUGGAUAACAUCUCUACCAUCGCCAAUAACACCCCUGGCAAGGAGUUCAAAGAUGACAUGUUACCCGUUGUUGCCGCAGCCAUAGCAGCACCGACUCACUCGGUGGUCGACGCCGGUCUGCGAAGUUUGCCUGUAGUGUUGCCGGUCUUGGACUUUAGCACGAUCAAGAAUGAGCUGUUCCCUAUCAUAGCUCACGUCUUCAGCAAAACAACCAGUCUGGCUAUCAAAGUCCGGGGCUUGCAAGCAUUCGUUGUCCUCUGUGGAGGCUCACCGGCCACUGCAGAUAGUAGCGGGUUGGAUGGGCUUCCCGAGCACAAGAAAACAUCAUCUUCGACGGCCCUUGACAAGUACACGAUGCAAGAGAAGAUAGUGCCCCUCAUAAAGGUUAUCAAGACCAAAGAGCCGGCGGUCAUGGUUGAGGCCCUGAAUGUGUUGAGAGUUGUGGGUGACUAUGCGGACUGCGAAUUCAUCGCCAUGGACAUACUGCCGAUCCUUUGGAGCAUGAGUCUUGGACCGUUGCUCAACCUCAAACAGUUUCAGUCAUUCAUGGAUCUCAUCAAAACGCUCUCCCGGAAGGUAGAGGACGAGCAAACUAAGAAGCUGCAAGAGCUAGCUGGGGUUACGAAUGGGUCCGCAGCCGCUGGCCCUGCCGACGAUUUCAUGUCCUUUGGCGGCAUAACUGGCACACAAUUCGACGCAGCAACAGGCGCAACAGAAGACGAUUUCGAGCAACUGGUCAAGGGGAAGUCGAGCUCGAACAAUAACAAUCCUAUGGAUGCCGGCUGGGGCGACACGGCGUCGGCGAUGAGCUCUCCGGGCCUGCCACACCCGAAACAGAAUGCCACUUUCGCCUGGUCCACGCCAAGUCCCACGAGGGCAUCUAACCCAGUGGGCUCGGUGGGCGGUUUCAAGGCCCAGCAAGGCUCAUUCAGGACGGUAACGCCGGACCUGGCGAGCCUGCCAUCAAUGACCCCUUCCACCACCCAGUUCUCUCAACCUUUACAGCCCAGCGCCCCACAGUCGGCCUUCCCGCCGCCGGCGCAGCCUGCCCAGCCGACCUCUACAAAUUGGUCAGCAGCAGCGGCAAACCCGUGGGCGACCGCCUCUCCCUCGACGGUGCAGCCGGCAAGGAGCAACACCAUGUCGGCGCAAACACCCACCUAUGGCAGCGGCCUGGGCAACUCGGUGGCCUCCCUCUCGAUGAACCAGCAGCGGCCAGGAGUCGGGUCCAUGACCCGCUCCACGUCGUCAUUCUCCCUGCCUCCGCCCCCCGGCAGCGGCAACUCGACGCCGGCCGCGUCAGGGUUCAGCCUGCCGCCGCCACCUUCACAACCACAACAGCAGCAGUCCUCGUUUGGCCGGCCGGCGGGGUCGAUGGGGUCCACGAUGGGCGGCAUGAACGGCAUGGGCAGCCUGGGCAGCAUGGCCGGCAAGCCGGCGAUGGGCGCGUCCGGGCUGAGCAUGAACAGCAUGAUGGGGUCUCAGGGGGGGUUCGGCAUGGCGGCGCAGCAGCAGCAGCAGCAACAACAAAAUCAGAGCACGGGUACCUUGGAUAAAUACCAGAGCUUGUUGUAGUCGAUGCUUGACCUGACGACUUGGGGAGGGGGAUUCAUAGACGCAUUUGGGGAUAUUACUGGCGGGAUACCAAUAUACUAUACUUUUAUGAUUGAGUGAGCGACGAUGCCACGAAAUUGGACCGUGGGGGUUGGGACACAGCAUGGGGCGCGACUAGAGACAGAGAUCCAGCGAAUGAUUACAUGUCAAAUUUCAAA